UAAAAGAAGAAAAAAAAAAAAAAAAAAAAAAACAGAAAACAAAAAACAUUUGUAUUUUCUCUCUAGGAAGCUACCGUGCGAGCGUGAGACCGGCGGGACCCUGAUCUCGCCGGAAUUUCGCUCUCCGAUCGCUGGAGUUUUCAUUAUAACCGACUCGGAGCUCUGAAUCUUUUGCCGCCACAACAUACAGAGAGAGAAAGCGACGGAGCUUCCGAAUUUUUCUUUUUUCUUUUUUUUUUUUUUGAUUUUGUUUUUGAUGGUUGAAUAGGUAGAAAACGAAGAAGGAGAAAACUUUGUUUUGAAAAAAAAAAAAAAUUCUCUCUUUUUUGUUGUGGUGGUGAGUGAUUGCUUGCAAUGCCGGAGAAAAAGAAAUAGUUUUUGAGAAGCAGCCGAGAAUUCUGAGAUCUCUUUCUUUCCUUCUUUUUUUUUUUUUUUUUUGAAUUUUUGCCUGGCCUUGUUUUGCCUCUCUUUCUGGUCAAAUUUCAAGUUAGAAAAUUGCCGUGACGGAGGGGAAAUUGAAUUUUGGAGUCGGCGAUCGAUCAUGCAGUUAGGAGCUAUGGAAUACAGACAUAGUCAGCUAAGAAAUGAAGCUUGAGAUUUUGUUGUUCUGUUGAGAUUUUCUGGUUGUAACAUGCACAAUGCCAUUUGAACUUAUGGAUCAGAGGGGCGUAUCUGCGUCUCCCCACUUCUUUGAAGACAUUUGUUAUUCUUCUGAGAGAGAAGUUAGGAAGCCGAAAACCAUGCCCAAUUAUCAAGCGCAUUCAGUGGAUUGUUCAGAAAUGCCACUGUCCAACCUAUCCAGGGAACAAGCAGAAAGGCAAAGCAUUGGUCAAGGAGUUGCCCCUUUCUCCAAGGCUUCAUGGAAGCCUAUGGAUCACCAUCUAAAAUUGUGGCCAGAUUUGUAUAAGAAGCCAGUAUCUUACAGCAUGGAUGGAAAGACAAGCCUUAUUAAUGAAAGCCACCAUGAAAGUGGUCUAUUCUCCAGCUCAAUGACCGAAAUGUUUAGUAGAAAAUUGAGAUUAUCGGCAAAUGAUGUUUUAUCGCAUCAGCCUGCUAAUAUUGUUGUUUCCCAUGAUGAGGAAGAACCUUUUGAAUCUCUGAAAGAAAUUGAGGCACAAACUAUUGGGAAUCUCCUUCCUGAUGAAGAUGAUCUCUUUUCUGGUGUGACUGACAAGUUUGGUUACAAGGGUCAUGCCAAUAACAUGCACGAAUUUGAAGAUUUUGAUCUGUUUAGCAGUAGUGGAGGUAUGGAAUUAGAAGGAGAUGAUCAUCCAUCUGUGGGGCUUAGAGAGUAUCAUUUGGUUGGGGGAGUUUCAAGUGGUCAAAGUGGCUGUAUUGGAUCAUUUGCUGGUGAACACCCCUCUAGGACACUUUUUGUCAGAAAUAUCAAUAGCAAUGUUGAAGAUUCUGAAUUGAAAGCUCUUUUUGAGAAAUAUGGAGAUAUUCAGGCCCUAUACACAUCCUGCAAGCAUCGCGGAUUUGUUAUGAUUUCUUAUUAUGAUAUAAGAGCAGCUCAAAAUGCGAUGAGAGCUCUUCAAAGUAAGCCACUGAGGCGUAGGAUGCUUGACAUACAUUAUUCAAUUCCCAAGGACAAUCCUUCUGAGAAAGAUGUAAACCAGGGAACCCUAGCAGUAUUCAACCUUGAUUCUUCUGUUUCAAAUGAUGAGCUUCGUCAAAUUUUUGGAGUUUAUGGUCAAAUUAAAGAUAUCCAUGAAACUCCACACAAGCAGCAUGGCAAGUUCGUAGAAUUUUAUGAUAUUAGAGCUGCAGAGGCUGCACUUCGCGCAUUGAAUAAGACUGACAUUGGUGGGAAGCAAGUCAAGCUGGAACCAAGCUGUCCAGGGGGUGCAAGACAAGGAUCGAUGCAAGUACCUGAGCAGGAGCAAAAUGGAACUGAUCUUGGUCAUAGCCCCUGCAACAACUUGUCAUUGGGAUGCAAAGGAGUAAUUGUGUCAAGCUGGAUGAUUAAUGGAUUGAAUCAGGGUGUAUAUUCUGUGAUCCAGUCGCCUAUGAAUACAUUUACAGAAAAUUCUCUCUCUCACCAGACUUCUAGUGUUACAAAUGUCUUGCCCUCUCCAGUGAGAAUGGCCUCUGCUGGUAAACAAGUUGGCUUUUAUGAUUCAAAUAAUAACUCUCUGGAUGAAAUGAAUUUUGGCAACCAACGGAUUCCCACUUUCCAUCCUCAUUCCUUCCCUGAAUAUCAUGAUAGUUUAGCCCAUGGUAUUCCUUGCAAUUCUUCAACUACUCUUGCAGACUUGACUAGCAUGGGUCUCAGAAUGACGGAAGGAAUGGACAGCAGACACUUUCAUGGAGCAUCUACUACCAGGCAUGCAGUGGAACAUAAAGUAGGAGUUGUUGGAUCUUCUGGGAAUGGGAGUGGCCCUGUUCAUGAACAUCGUAAUGUGUGGAAUAACCCCAAUCAAUAUCAGCAACAUCCUUCAAGUCCUAUGAUGUGGCAGAAUUCUCCAUCAUUUGUCAAUGGUCUUCAUGCACAUCGCAUUCCACUGAUGUCUGGAUUCCCUAGAGCACCACCACAUAUGUUGAACUCAGCCUCAUCUUUGCCUCACCAUAUUGGAUCGGCUCCAUCUGUUACUCCCUCCCUCUGGGAAAGGCAUGCCUAUUCUGGGGAGUCUCCAGAAACUUCUAGUCUUCACCUUGGUUCUCUUGGAAGCCCAGGUUUUUCUGGUAGUCCUCAUUUGCAUCCUAUGGAAAUUUCUUCUCAUAACAUGCUUUCUCAAGUCGGUGGAAAUUGCAUGGAUAUGACCACAAAUGUUGGGCAACACUCUUCUCAGCAUAUUUGCCACAUCUUUCCAGGGAGGAACCCAGUGAUUUCAAUGCCUACCUCUUUUGAUUCUCCGAAUGAUCAUGCAAGAAAUCUGUCCCAUCGAAGAAAUGAAGUUAACUCUAAUAGUGCUGAUAAAAAACAGUACGAACUGGAUAUUGACCGCAUAUUGCAUGGUGAAGACAGCCGCACAACAUUGAUGAUAAAGAAUAUUCCAAAUAAGUAUACUUCAAAGAUGCUUCUUGCUGCAAUUGAUGAGCACUGUCGAGGAACUUAUGACUUUCUUUAUUUGCCAAUUGACUUCAAGAACAAAUGCAAUGUGGGAUAUGCAUUCAUCAACAUGAUCGAUCCUCAACAGAUUGUUCCCUUCCAUCUGGCAUUCAAUGGCAAAAAAUGGGAGAAGUUUAACAGCGAAAAGGUGGCGUCUCUUGCAUACGCUCGAAUUCAGGGAAAAUCUGCCCUUAUUGCCCAUUUCCAGAAUUCAAGUUUAAUGAACGAGGAUAAAAGAUGUCGUCCUAUUCUCUUUCAUACAGAUGGUCCAAAUGCAGGUGACCCGGAGCCAUUUCCCAUGGGUACCAAUAUCCGAUCAAGACCAGGAAAGCCUCGAACAAAUGGCAACGAGGGGAACUACAACCAAGGGAUCUCUUCAGUGUCUGCAAGCGGAGAAGAAUAUCUCAAUGGCCUGGAUUUGGUACCUGGGUCUUCAAAGGAUUCUGACUGAACAAGCUGAUGAACGAGAGACUAACUGUUAAACUAAUGUAAUGGUACAAAAACUAUGUCCACCCAAUUCUAUAUAGUUGGGGUGGUCGCUUGACUUCUUUUUUGGCUAUAGAGAAGGCGCUUCUACUAGGUUUCGGUUGAUCUAAACCAAAGAGGGUCGGUUACUUACACAACUAUUCCUAGUUCUCUGGAAAUUUUCACAUUGAGGCCCACUAUUGAGUAUUUGACGAUGGCUCAAAGGAGGCUGGAAAUUUUGCACAAUCAUGAGUGUAACAAUAUUUAUUGUACAGAAGCUCUGGAUAUAUUCGCUAAGUUUCUCUUUCUUUGUUUAUUUUCUUCCUACUUUGGCAAAAAAUUUUGAACCACUAUUGUCAUUAUAUAACAUAUAUUCACGUGUAUUGGAAUGUUUUUAACUCUA